CAGAAUGAAUAUAUCCGUGAAAAAUCUGAGAUUCAAAUUACGUAAAAUGUAUCAUCGUUUCGUACAUGUCGAGGUUGAACAAAAGAAACCGAUACAGUGGUUAAAACCUAUCGGUCACGAAACAAAUAUUACAAUAUAUAAUCCUCUAACAAAGUGUAAUGUACCGUUAAUUAUAAAAAAUAAAAAUAUUUUGACUUGGUACGUUUGCGGUCCAACAGUUUAUGAUUCUGCACACAUUGGUCAUGCAGCGACUUAUGUGAAGUCUGACAUCAUUAGAAGAAUAUUAUCGGAUCGCUUUAAUAUAAACGUUAUAAUGGCCAUGUGCAUAACAGAUAUAGAUGACAAGAUAAUAAAACGAUCAAAGAAAACCAAACAGAAUUACAUAGAUCUAGCGCAACAUUACGAAAAUGAAUUCAUCGAAGAUAUGAAAAUGUUAAAUGUUGUUAAACCCCAUUUAUAUUGUAAAGUUACCAAUUUUAUACCAAAAAUUAUUCAAUUUGUCAGUGACAUUGUAGAUAAAGGCAAUGCUUAUGUUAUGCAAGAUGGGUCUGUAUAUUUUGAUACAAGCAAAUGCAACAUGUAUGGCAAGUUCUCUAUGCCAGUAUCUGAUGAUAGUCAUCCUUAUAAAAAGUCUGCAUUGGACUUUAGUUUAUGGAAAGCAGCUAAAAAAGAUGAACCAUUUUGGGAAUCUCCAUGGGGGAAUGGAAGGCCAGGAUGGCAUAUAGAAUGUAGCACAAUUGCAAGUACAGUUUUUGGGAAUUCUGUGGAUAUUCAUAGCGGUGGUAUAGAUCUUGCUUUCCCGCAUCAUGAAAAUGAAGAAGCCCAAUCGUGCUCUUACCAUGAAGUAGAUCAAUGGGUGAACUAUUGGCUACAUUGUGGGCAUCUGUACUUAGAAGAUGAAAAAAUGUCAAAGAGUCUGAACAAUACAAUUAGUAUAAGAGAAUUUCUUAAGAAGUAUACAGCGAAUCAGUUCAGGAUGCUUUGUUUACUUUCCAAUUUUAGAAAUGGAAUUAAAUAUUCCGAUAACAUAAUGCAUAAUCCGAUAAAUAUACUAAAUAAAGUUGAACAUUUCAUUAAUGAUUGUGAUAAUUAUGUUACCGGACGAUGUAGUUUUGGCAAUAUAGAUGAAGCUACAUUAUUUCGGUGUUUAGAGGAAACGAAGAAUAGCGUUAACACAGCUCUAGAAAAUAAUUUUAAUACCGCACAGGUAAUAAAAUCAAUUUUGAAUUUAAUUGAUACAGGAAAUAAAAUGCUACACGACGAUCCCCAUGGUUCUCUUACGACUAGAUGUAUACCUCCUGUAAUCGCGGUAGCAAAUUAUAUAUCAACAAUAUUUUCAAUGCUUGGCAUUUCGUACUCUGAAGAAUCAAAUGAAUGUAAAAUAAAUAGCCUCAUUGAACAUUUGGUACAAUUCAGAAGAACAGUUCGAAACAGAGUUAUUGAACAAGAUGUGAAAGAUAAAAUUUUACUUACCGCGUGCGACGAAAUACGAUCAAAUCUGUCUACGUUUGGGGUAAUCAUAAAGGAUUACAAAACAGAAACUUCUUGGAGUAUCAAGAAAUAUUGAAUCGAAGUAUUUAAAAACAUUUUAUAUCAUAGAUUAAUGUGAUAAAAGAAAUAAUUAUAUUUACAUUUAAUUUCACACUUAUUUUAAUUAAUCGGU